GCGUAACACUUACAAACGUCGAUUCGCGACAACUAUUAGUGAUUGGAAAAUAUUUAAUUUACAUAUUUGUUGUUCGCCACACCCCGUGGAUUAAAGUGCUGAACGAGGAAAUUCCCAGCGAGAGAUUUAAAAUUCGCUUGACUUGCUUUACAGCCCGAUACCGUAGCGACCGCGAGAGAAAUAAAUAAGUAUACACAACACUAAGCAAAACAGCCACACAAACUAGCAGUAUUUUUCCUAGGAAGCGGUCGGUUCUGUGUCUGCCUGCAACUCCAUUCAAGAAGCUUCCGUGGAUAUGGGUUAAUACGCUGUAUACUGAUCUUGGGAUUUAAAACUUCUGGUAUACAUUUUAGCACAUGGUUCCGCGCGUGCUGUGAAGCAGGACUGUUUAGAUAUUGAAGGGUGGCCGUCGGACUUUCAUGAAUCUGAACCAUGGAUCUCCAGAUGAAAUUAUGUGACAGUGUGACAGGCUCCCUGAAUAGGACGCCCAGUUUUAAUCUCAAGAUGUUUCGGAAAUCUGUCGACGAGAGUAACUCGGAGGAAAGUCGUAAGAUUCGGCGCCACACGCCCGUGGGGUCGGGGGAGUACAGCGUGGGGUGCUGGGAUAUGAUGUGUGGGGGGCCCACGGAGAAGGGCUCCUUCUUCAGACUGUUCUACCCCGUGGAAAAGACGGACAUUUACAAAAGAGACAAACAGUGGCCACUUUGGUUACCAAGGAAACAGUACGGAGAAGGCUAUGCAGACAUUCUGACUAAAAACCCGAAAAUAAAAGUUGUCGGAAAGUUAUUAAAUUGGAUGGGAGGCGACGUGUACGUUCCCGCCCUUUGGCAGGGCCCACUAUGUCCCUCCAACACUCAGUUUCCGGUGGUCAUCUUUUCGCACGGACUGGGGGGUAACCGGACGACCAACACCACAGUGUGCUGCGAGCUCGCCUCCCAGGGAUUUAUUGUGGCCUCUCUAGAGCACCGAGAUGGAUCUGCCUCUAUGACGUAUCACCUAACAGAACAAGUCAACAAACACAACGUCACCACGUCCGGGGAAUCGAACACCCGACCGCACCACCGGCCCGCCGUCCACCGCACCCACCUCUACUCGGAGGAAUGGAAGCCGUUUGAGUGGUUCGAACCCUGGGACGAUUUCACCUACAGAAACAAACAGGUCCAUCACCGCGCUGACGAGGUAAUUCGGGCGCUGGAAACUCUGAUUCUGCUGCAUAAUGGCAAAGAAGUUCACAACGUCAUGAGAACACACUUCAACACUAAGCAAUUUAUGAACCGCCUUGACCUGUCCCGUGUGGUGGUCAUGGGCCACUCUUUCGGUGGUGCUACAACUUUGUGUACGCUUUCCAAGGACAAGAGAUUUCGACUGGGCGUGGUGCUGGACGGGUGGAUGCACCCCCUGGACGAGCGGGUGUACGAGGACACCCAACAACCGGUGCUGAUGAUCAACAUGGAGUCCUUCCAGUGGAAGACAAACGUGGAACAGAUGAUGAGGCUGCUGUCGCAGGAUAAGGAGAACCGCAGGAUGAUCACCAUCAAGGGCACCUGUCACCAGAGCGUCACCGACUUCCAGUUCCUGGUCAACAAGACUGUGGGUCGUGUCCUGGACGUCCGUCACCGUCUGUCACCCAAGGUCGCCAUGUCCCUCACCAACAAAGCCUCCCUGGGCUUCAUCCGCAAACAUCUAGGAUUGAAGAGCAAGGACACUCACGAGGAUCUCUUGUGUGGUGACCAUGACCACAUUAUAGCGGGCACCAAUGUCGACCUGUCGUAAACUGAGGGUCACCUCGCGACUUCCGUCUUCCCGUCCUGAUGACGUCACGACUCCGUCUUUCUGGUGUUUAUCUGAACUACUACACGUCGUGUUCACACACAAGCUCAAUCUGUGAUAUGUAACUGCGCUUUUUGCCGUUAUGAAUCUCUCCCUUUUUACCUUAGUGUGUCUCAAACUGCAGGGCAGUGAACCCCUGUGUCGACAUACCCCCGCAAUCAGUUCCCAAUGCAAACGUCAGGGUAUUAUAGUAUACUCAUCUCGGUCCUUGUGGCUGAGUCAUCCAAACUCGGCUUCUACAUACGGUAGGUCCUCGUGGCUGAGUCAUCCAAACUCGGCCUCCAUACGGCAGGUCCUUGUAGAACCAGAGUCAAGCGCUUACCCCCCGCAAUCUUGUCCCUUUGGAGGCUGUGUCCACGUACCGAUCACUGCCCCCUCCACCCCCGGGACAGGGUUACUGGGAACGACGCCGACUUACCCUACCUCUUAUAGAAAUCCCAUGGUGCUUCAUUGUCCCUGUGUUACAGUUUAUAUUUUGAUAUCUAUAGCUUCUUUUUUAACAUAUUUAAUUGUUAUUUCUACAGAAUUGUGUAUAUUACUUCACCGUUCUGAAAAAUCGCCAAAAUAUUUAUUGUUUACUAUUACUUUGUUCUGUUAUUAAAUUAUUUUGCACGAU